AUGAAGAGUCAGAAAGGAGGCAAGGUGCCGAUGCUGAAGGACACACUGCGCAAGCUCUAUCUACGCACGCACCCGGAUCUGUUCGGACGGUAUCCGGAACAGCAGCGCGCAAACGAGGAGUCGUACAAGGAGCUUCUUGGCAUUUUGGACGCGAUCGAGAAGCAUAACGAGUUCCCUCCGGCCAAAACGCUGGUACUUCCAUUCUUUUUGAAGACGCCGGUGGAGGGCGAGUUUAAGGAGGUGGAUUUGCAGCUCCGCACGACGGGUGGCGCAUGCAACACGCUUGUGGAGGAGGCGUUGGGUCGGUUCUUCGGCGAGUGUGGUCUUCCUGAGGUGUUCCAGUGGGGCGAGGGAAGCUGGGGUAAGGCUGUGGGCAAGGACGCUGUGGAGAAUUCAAAUUUGGGCUUCGACAAGGAGGAGGAAGCUCGCGAGAAGGCCCGCAAGGAGGCAGAGGCGGCGGCGAUGCGUGAGGAACAGCUUCGCCGGUCGGCUCCUGCGUACAACCCUGUGGACCGCAGUGCACCGGACGACCAUUCUAUUGAGAAGGUUUUGAACGAGAUGGACGACACGCUUCAGCUUAUUGCUGCUAUGCCGUACCUUGACGAGGAGGACGAGCAGCAGCGUGCCUUUAAGACCCACUUUGAGCAGGGAUCAGGUCUGGAUGAUCUCGAUGCCCAAGGCUACACUGUCAAAGCGGGUGUGAUUAAGAUGUGGCAGGGUGAACGUGAUCUGAAUGCGCUCAUUAAGGUUGGCCGACAUCAUCACCAAGGGAGGAGUUGA